GAACACAGCAGGCCCAGCAGCAUCUCAGGAGUACAAAAAGCUUCAAUAAUCGGGAGAUUCACAUUUAGACAAAAGUCUUUCAUAAGAAUAACCGAACGUUUUGCAACGAAAUAGUCUGCAGGAAUGUGAGAGCAGAGGAGGAGGGGGUGUCGCCAUCUCACCUUAUUUAGAGGAUGCAAGCAAAAAAAACUUCCCGAACGCUCACCAUCCCGACAAUAAGCCCAUCAAAGUCCUUCAAGUCCAAACAAUUGAAGCCCAAAGCUCAGGAAAGCUGCCAUUUAAAACGACUUUCUCAAGGGUAAGGGCCAACCGCCACUCGUUUCCAUGGCAACCGACGCCGGGAAUUUGAAAAUUGGUGACCGUUGAGGCGGCUCUCGCGAGACCUGCACUGAGUAGGCGGGGCUAGAUUUAAAUGGCGGCGGUUUCCCUUCAUUCUUUGGAGUUUUGCUGGUUGGAUUUGAGUCUAGAUCGAUAGUUGAUCAUCGGUAUAGGCCUCUUCCGCUCUCUUGGCAUGGAAUUACGUGGCAGAUCCAUGUCGGCAAGACUUAAUUCAAGGAAGUCCUCUUUAGGUGCACCCAAGCGUCAUGCUUCAAUGCAUGUUUCCACUAGGACCUCAAGUAAUGCAGUAGCUUCCCCAACUACUAGCAAUACUAGUGAAGCAGCAUCACAACGCAGACGUUCAGUCCUGACCAGAAAAAGUCCAGCGCAAGGUUGCUCAAAAAAGCCACUGACAGAAUUAGGAAAAGAGACGAUCAGCAACUUGAAAGCUUUUGAGAAACAAUUGCCAAACACACCAAGUGUUUCCACUGUCAAAAAGGGCCGAUUCAGCACGGGCUCCUUUACUGUAAAUCCAACUCAAAAGUCACAUAAAGCGGAUACCAAAUUCAAAGCAGCUACAAUCUCGAAAGAAAAUUCUUUGAAUGCAACAUAUUGCCUGCCAAGUUCUGAAGACAUGUCUAUGAGGCAGAUUCCUCGAAAAGAAGAUUUGGAUAUGUUGAUGGUACGUGAAAAUUUGCCUAACGUUGGUAUUUCUAAGAGUAGACCUGAACGGGAACAAACAGAAUCAAACCUUUGCCCUCUCCCAUUUAUGGAAUCACGUAACUUAUCGCCUUUAUUCACCAGUUUCAUUGCAGAAGAAUGUCUACAUAUAGCUGCUAAGUUAAAUGACAAAAGUGAGAUCUGUCCCUUCCCUACAGUUGGUACAGUAAAUCCAACUCCGGUGACUGGUGUUUCCAUGAUAAAUGAGGAACCUGUACCAUUAGAUAGUUCUGUCUACUCCUGCUGUUCAAACACCUCUCCAGCAAAAUCGCCACUUCUCUGUACCUCCAAAUUUAAAGAAAAUAUCUUUGAUAUGAGUAGUCAACAAAAGUUUACAGAAGCAGAAAUCAAAACUGGAGACUUACCUGUUGGUACUAGAAUGAAUAAUGACUACAUUGAGACUGGAACUCUGCCUUUGUCCCCUUCAGGAAAUUUGAUACAAUUCAAUGAAACUGUAACACAAGGUUACUUAAAUGAUGAGAAAGAUAAUGCACUAGAACAUGAGGUUUACUCCAGCAAUGUCCUGAGCAAGUCACCAACCACUGUAGAGUAUAUCCAGUUAAAUGUACCUGAAGUGUUGAGUGAUGCAUCAACCACAUGUUUGGGUGCAAAGAAUGAUGCUGCUUCAACUUUUAUGCCAACCAAGAUCCAGUCUAACUCCAAGUUGUCUCUUUCGAAGGUAGAUUUGUUAUUGAGUGAAAGAAGUAUGUUAAGUGGCAAAAUUUGUUUGUCACCAAAGCACAGUAGUUUUGAAAAUGAAUUUGAGCCACCCGAUUUGUUAGGUUGCACACCACCUCUUAAUUUGUCAACAGACUUAAUCCAGUUGAAUGAUACGAUGAUGGUGAAAGAUAAUAAAAAUGUAACAUUUGAUUUAUCAAAGCAUGAAAGCAGUUUUGGAAAAGGCCUCCAGACUUCUUCCUUAUCUAACUUUAAGCAGUCGGUGUCUCCUCAAGAGUUAGAGCAAUUCAAUGUAACUAUAAAUGUGGAUGACUUCAAAAAUGCAACUUUUGAUACAUCAAAAUAUAAAGAUUUGGGAAAUGACUUCAGUUGCAAGUUGCCUGUAUCCCUGAGGGAGGGGAUUCAAUUAAAUGCCACCAUGACUCUGGAUGACCAUAAAAAUGCAACAUUUGAUGCAUCAAAACAUGAAGGCUGUCUUGCAAAUGAUGAUUUGUCUAAUUGUGAGCUGUCUCUAUCUACAACCAACCAAGAUCAGUUACUAACCCAUUCAACUAUCAACCACAAGGUUACAACAUUUGAUGCACCAAAACGUGAAGGCAGUUUGGAAAAUAAUCCAAACAAAACAAUCAACUUGGCCAAUUGCAAGCUGUCUUCAUCGUCAGACUCUAAUGAAGUCAGACUGACUCUCAAGAAUCUUAAGCUUGUAAGAAAAGAUGAUGCUCUGGCUUCUAGGUCAGAGUUGGAGCAAGUACAGAUGAAUGGGAAAAAUAAUUACUCCAACUUGUCUCUGAACUUCAAGAGCAGUGAUUGUACAGAGAAAAGAUCAAGUGAAAUAAAUCAAGGUGAAGAUGUCAGCAUUUCUGCAGAAUUACGUGAAGGUGUUUGUGCAAGUGAAAGAAGCCUCCCUGUCGUAGACGUCUCCCAGAAAAAGGAACAAAGUCUUGGUGAGCAUGCAGAUUCAUUUCAUGAUCUAGUGAGUUCAGAAUGGGCUCCAAACUGCAUUUCUACUCCAUGCCUUGCUGGGAAACAGAAUUUUCCCGAAUACCUACAACUUGACCGUUCUUUCCUGGCCUCAUCUUCCACUCUUCAGGAUGAUGUAUGUGGAGUCGGCAAGUGCUCAAAUGAACAAGACAGCACCAACAAUGCUGCUAGAACCUCUGGCACUGAUGUUCCUGGAACUAAAUUCAGUGGUAGAAAACCAUCUAAUGCAUCCAGCCAGCAAUUGCAACAAACCAAAAUGGGAAAUGAAAAUUCCUUAAAGCGUGUUUCUUAUCUCCCAGCAGCCAGAAAGAAGAAUAUUAGUGAAGCAUCAGUGUCUGAAAUAUGCAAACCUGGAGCUGAAAAAGAUAUUGUAACACCUUUAGCUCAGAUGUGUAAAAUAGGCUCUUCUGCAGAAAGAGGAAAGCCUUCGAUUCAACCGCCUGGCUUUUCCAAGUUGUGCCUUCCGAAACCUCAUCGGCUUUCAGGAAAACUGAGCCAAGCAGUAGCAACUAGACAUGUUUCAGGAAAUAACAAGCUUCCGUCAUACCACAAUGGAAUCUCAACCAAAAUGUCUCCUAAAAUCAAAUCUACUCAACUUUUAGCCAAAGGUAUCUCAAAGAUACCUGGGGUGAAGAGAACAUCUUCAGUGGUAUCAUCAAAAUUAACCAUGCAGGAAACAAAAGCAGAGUUGAAAUCAGAACUUUUUAAUAUAGGUAUUGCUGGCCCUUCACAUGUCAACAGAAAAGCAAACAAGCCUUUAGUUUUGGACCCCCAAAAUGUUGUGACUGGCAUAAAACGCACAAACAGCGCAGUAGAACACAAGCGAGGAGAGGUAACAACAAAAUAUGCAAAACCAAAGCCAUUACUGGGGAACUGUAAGCCGAAGAUAGCAAUGAAGGCAAGAGAGAGUCUAACGUCAGAAUCAAAAGUCAAAAUGAUUAAUACUGCUGUGGAGGAGUCAACGUUUAAAUCCAAGCAGGAACUUGAAGUGGAUGGCACACCCUGGACCCCAAGUGACUUCACUUUCUCCAUCAGCCUGCCAUGGGGAACCUUAUCAAACACCUUACUGAAGUCCACGUAUGUGACAUUUACAGCCUUUCCCUCAUCAAUCAACUUUGUCACUUCCUCAAAGAAUUCUAUUAAGUUGUCAGGCUUCAGAGAAAAAAUAAAGAGCUGGAAGAGAAAAUUGCAAUGUUGGAACUGCAAAAUGCUGCUCUUCGGCAGGGGAAAGAGAAUCUUGCCCCCGUCCCAGAAGAAAGAUCUGGUAUCUAGUGCCCAUUGUCUAAUUACCUCCCCUUUCAAAUGUGUUAAAAGGACCUUUGUAAAUCUAACCACCAUUCAAAUCAUGUGGAAUGACUUUUUAAUCCAUAAUUACUUUGUCUCUGGUCAAAUUAAUCAAAUUCAAAACUAGCACAUUUGCCUGGUUUAUCAGCAAAUUCUUGAACUUUUGUAAUCAUGUUAACUGUAACCCCAAGGAUUCUAUAUUCUGAAACUUGAGUAUUAACUUUUGAAAACCAAGCUGCUUCAAUAUUUAAUCUGUGGUCUCCCUGUAUAACCUGCUUACUAUCUUUCUGUUUGACUGUGUAUACAUUGUGUAUUUUUUGUAAAUGUUCUAAACAAAUAAAAUUUAU